AUGCUAGAGGAGCUGGAAUUCUUGCGAGCAUAUAAAGUUCAGAUACCACCGCCAUCUCAGUACCAUAAUCAAGGCACAUCUGGAGUUAGCAGUGCGGGGAGCGGUACAUCACACGGCGAUAGUUCCAACAAACCCAGUACAUCGCAUAACACCACGCCAAGUACCGACACCACACCUCACUUUCCUCCAACAAACUCUGUCGGAACUACGCCAACUGAUUAUGCCCCCAGACGAGAGUGGAUAGAAGACCUAACCGAGUACGAAACAAAGAACCUGUGGGGUAAAAACAAAUCACACGUCAUCUCUAUCACCAGAAAAUAG